CUGAAUUUUAUUGAUGUCUAGUUAUGCUAAACAAAUCUAAACCUUCAAUUCAGGAACAUUUACAACAAUGAAUGAAUUUUAAUAUAUAUAGAAAUUAGGAACUGGUAGUUUUGGAAAUGUAAAUUUAUAUAUUCAUAAACCAACACAGAAAAAAUAUGCUAUAAAAAUAGUAACUUUGAAUAAAAUUUAAUAGAUGCCAGGUGAUACGAUAACAAACCAAUAUGAAAGUGAAGGAAUAGAAAGAGAAAUUAGAGUUCAUAAAAAAUGUCAUAAUCAAAAUAUAGUAUAAUUAUAUGAUUCAUUUUAUGAGAAUGAUUCUAUUUUUAUGGUUAUUGAAUAUGUUGAGAAUGGUAGAAAUAUUAAAUUAUAAAUAGGCAAUUUAUUUGCUCAUAUAUAAAAGAAUCCACCAAUGAGUGAGUAAGAGGCAUGCAAAUAUUUUGUAUAAACAUGUUUAGCAUUAUAAUAUAUGCAUUAAAAUAAUGUAUUUCAUAGAGAUAUAAAACCAGAAAAUUUGUUAUUAGAUGAAAAAUUAAAUUUAAAAGUUUGUGAUUUUGGUUGGUGUGCUGAGAAUAUACAUUAGAAGAGAAAAACCUUUUGUGGAACUUAUGAAUAUAUGGCACCUGAAAUAAUAAUGGAAGUAAUGUAUGAUUAUAAGAUUGAUUUAUGGUCAUUGGGAAUAUUAUUAUUUGAAUUACUACAUAAAUAUGCACCAUUUAAAGGAAAAGAUUAUAAAGAGAUUUCAGUUGCAAUUAAAUAAUGUUAACCAAAAAUGAAGCCAUAAAUAUCAAAAGAAGCUAGCUAAUUAAUAUCUCAAUUGUUAUCUCUAGAUCCUAAUAAUAGACCUCAAAUAAAUUAAAUUCUAUCUUCUUAAUUCGUAAAAAAAUAUGGCAACAUGUUAAAUUUAGUAGAAUAUUAAGAAAAUAUUCAACCAAGAUCUCCACUUCGAUAAUAUGGAAGUUAAUAAUAAUUGAAAUGUGGUUCUCCAAGAAGAAGAAUUACAGAAUAUAAUAUAAUUUAAAAGCCAGAAUAAAGAAUGAGAAUGGGAUCACCAAAACCUGGAGAUUCUUAAAAACUUAUAUAGAAAAUAUAUGUUAGUCCAGCAAGGAGAAUAUAACCUAAAGGAAGAGAGAAUAUAUAAGUAAAGACAGGACCAAUAGAUGUAAGAGGAAGAGAAGCUACGAAAAUAAUAUAUAUGAAUUUAUGCAAUAAUAUUUCAUGA